AUGUUACCCAUUGUCGAUGUCCUCCAGGAGGGCCCGAAACUAAAAUUUUACUCUCGAAUCUGGCUUUGUCUAACAGCAGCUUUCACGUCUAUUCCUCUUCAGGCAGCUCACCCAUUUCGAACGAACGCAGAUCACUCUAAGGAGUCAUGCCCGGAGGAUCUCUACAUGUCCUCUUACACGCCGACACCUUUGGCUCUGGCCAGGUCUAGACAGAUGAUGAAGAAACGUGUCAUUCCGUCCUUUGUGACAAUCGGACAGGGUCAUCAGGGUGCAGGGAAAGACAAGGCACUCUUGGCUGUUGACAGCGAGCUCAAGCUUGUCCAUAAGCUCGUCCCCGCGACUGCCAACCGCACCACUAUUUCUGGCGGCGCAGCCACACGAGCAGGUGCACUCGAAGCUUUGCAGUAGAAUACCUGGAUGCACCUUGCUUUUCAUGGCAAGCGGGACCUUACGCAGCCUUACAAUUCGC